AUGGUCACUGCUACAAAGUCGAAAGCAGAUGCCCAGGAAGCUCCAGCCAAGUAUCAUGAACCAGUGCAAGGGACGGUCUUCCAUGGUGAUGGUCGUGAAGAAGCUCUUCUCAAAUAUCUUGAAUCCCUUCCUUCUCUCUCUUCCCAGGAGACUUCCAGUUUAUCCCUCCAAGAAAGGUCUCAAAGAGUUUUAGAUGCGAUUCACGAGUUUGGUAAAGGGGAGAACCGAUAUCUGAUGAGUGUGGGAGAUACAAAAGGAAGACAAGUAGAGGCUUUAGUCAAAGAAAAGAAACCCAAACUCAUCCUUGAGCUGGGUACUUAUGUCGGAUACUCUGGCAUUUCUUUUGCUAGACAUCUUCUCGAAUUACAUCCCAACUCCAUCUAUCCCGAGAACUGGUCUUCUAACACCGAAGAAGACAGAGCUGGUUACAUCUCCUUGGAGAAGAGUGAGGUGUACGCUACCACCGCUAGAGGUGGAUUCAGACUAGCUGGAUUGGACAGAGUCAUCAAGGUGGUUGUGGGAAGUUCUACACCUAAUUUAAAAUCGCUCAGAGAAACGCUCAAUAUGCCCAAACCCCUCAAAUUUGACAUGGUUUUCCUGGAUCAUCUGAAACCGCUUUAUACGAUUGAUAUCAAGGUUUUGGAAGAGGAAGGAUUGGUAGGACCUGGCACAGUCCUCGUAGCGGACAACGUCGUGAAACCAGGUAAUCCAGCCUACCUCUCUUGGGUCCGAGCGACUCCCGAGCAGAAACGCAAAUCACUCCAAGCACCCCGAUUGACCACCCAGCCACCUGUCACUCCCAACCCUCCUGCGGAAGAGUGGGAGACAGCCUUCCACAGCGGACCAAUCGACGAGACGAGAUGGGCACCAGACGAAGCUGAGGGGAUCACCGCGGAGGGUGAUCCGGGCUUGAUCUAUACCAGUGAGAUGUUAGAUGGUUGGGAUCCUUACACCGGCGAGAAGGACGCUUGUGAAGUCUCGGUAUGUACGGGUAGGCAGGAUUGA